GCAGCUCAAGUAUGUACACCAUGAGCAAGUGUUUGAUCAUAGUGGUUCUCUUGUGUUUGGCCUGCUCCCUCUUGGGAGUUUUGGCAGAACAAUGUGGAUGGCAGGCUGGGGGAGCUCUUUGCCCCGGCGGGCUUUGCUGUAGCCAAUAUGGCUGGUGCGGCAACACCGAUACUUACUGUGGGGAGGGUUGUCAAAGCCAAUGCAGAAGCGGUGGCGACAUCACCUCUCUCAUCACUAGGUCUCUGUUCGAUGAAAUCCUCAAGCAUCGAAACGGUGGAGGUUGCCCAGGAGGAUUCUAUACCUACGACGCUUUCAUAGCCGCUGCGCGAUCCUUUACCGGCUUCGCGACAACAGGUGACACCACCACUCGCAAAAGGGAGAUAGCAGCUUUCUUGGCUCAGACCUCUCAUGAAACCACAGGAGGAUGGGCAACUGCACCAGAUGGCCCUUAUGCUUGGGGCUACUGCUUCGUACAAGAACAAGGCAAUCCCGGGGAUUACUGUAGCCCUACUCCACAGUGGCCAUGUGCUCCCGGCAGGAAAUAUUACGGCCGAGGACCCAUUCAAAUCUCAUACAACUACAAUUACGGGCCAGCAGGAAGAGCCAUAGGAGUGGACCUCCUGAACAACCCUGAUCUGGUGGCCACUGAUCCGACCAUUUCAUUCAAAACAGCCAUCUGGUUCUGGAUGACCCCUCAAUCCCCCAAACCAUCAUGCCACGAUGUGAUAACCGGACAAUGGASGCCAAGCGCUGCCGAUUYGGCUGCCGGACGAGCCCCGGGCUAUGGCGUCAUUACCAACAUCAUCAACGGAGGAAUUGAAUGCGGCAAAGGUUACAUCCCACAAGUUGCUGACCGCAUUGGCUUCUACAAGAGGUACUGCGACAUUUUAGGGGUGAGCUACGGUGAUAACCUUGACUGCUAUAACCAGAGGUCUUUCGGUCUGUCUGCUGAUCAUCUUCUGGCUACAGCCUAAUUAACUCUAUACAUGGUUUGAGCUUCUCUAUGUAAUAAGCAUAGCCCAUGCUUUAUUUUCCUCAAUAAAUAAUUAAAUAAAAAUAAAAUGCUGAUGAACAGUCAUCGUCAUCAUCAUUUAUCACCAAGUAUAUGGUUGCUACAGCCAACUAUAUAUAUGAAGUCGGCCACUUGAAUUCUGUUCUGUUUAGUUUUAUUUGUCUGACCGCUUAACUUGCAAUCAAUUAUGAAAUCCAAGUUUUACAA